AUGGAGGGGUCAAAAGCGGAUGUCAUGCGACAACUGGGCGACGCCAUUCUUAGACAUGUCCACGAGCUUCAACCGCGCGACAUGAGUGUGACGUGGAACGCGUUCCGUCGAGACGUCAUGCAUGAGCGGCUUUUCCAGGGUCUCCUGAAGAGGUUGCCUGCCAUAGCCGAACGCUUCUCGGCUGUUCAAAUCGGGAUGACGUUGAACGCUUUGGGCCAUUUUCGGAUAAGACACGAGCAGUCCAUUUCAUCCCUCAUCUCAAGGGCGAAACUCCUUCUCGGGACGGGUUCUCCUGUCGAUCACGUCUCGGCCCUUGGUGAGGGAGUUCCCAAAGGACGGUCAUCGAUCGGAGACACCUCCAGAUUUGGCGUCCACAAUUUGGCCAUGCUUCUGAACAGCGCCGCACGCCUGGAUUCAGUCGACUCCUUGUUGGCCUCCGACGAUGGGUUGAGCAUUCUGGUCCUGCAAGCGGUAAAGCGCACGGUCACCCAAAUUUUCGUCUCUCGGGGCGAUUGUCACGAGGUCCAAAACCUCUUUUUCCGAGACAAGUUGCUUCCAGCCGCAAACUCGCGCUUCCGUUGCUGUACGGCUGUUCUACACCGCUCUGGGGAGCCCCAACCGGUGCGGCAAGAGGAAGGCGGCACCAGCAUGCGUGGGGGGGGCCCUUACCUUCAUUCAAAGAUUCAUUUCAAGGAGUGUCCUCAGGACCUCACGCCUCAAGCGUUAGGGAAUAUUGCGUUGGGCUUGGGCUUCGUGCUUGCGAACUUGUGCAGCUUUCCACUACACGGCUCGGGGUUCCACGAAGGGGUUCGCAGUGAUCUGCAACAGUAUAUUUCCCUGUGCAACAGGUGUAUCGUAGUUUUGUCGACACUUUCAGUUCGAAUCUUCCCCGUAAAUCCACGCCCGCCGCCAGCUGUAGUGACAGAGGUAUCCUCAGGCUUCGCCAGUCUGUCUCGCGACGCCGUCGAGGAAGGCUCAGCAACUCAAGUGCUGGAACCGGCACACAGAUUCCAGUUCCUGCAAGCUCUGCUGUGCAUGUGGCACUUCCGUGGUGGACUAGCGCCGGAGGAGCACGGGUAA